AUGAACUACUCAUCGUACCGGAGUGAGCCUUCGUACUACGAAGAGCGUAGCCCUGGAGGCGCCUCGGCGCGCACGAGUAUGGCGCUCGCUACGGGCGUGCCACAGAAUUUACCGAGCUUUGACAUACCAACUGCACCCUCAGACUCUGUCCUUGCCGCCGCAGCUCUUGCAGACGAAGCCGCCCACCGAUUCCCUUCUUUCAGAACCGACGAUGCGGUCACUCUAGGUCUCUCCCUUCGUAAACGCUUCCGCGCGUCGCGACGCUCCCGUACCCGCUCUAUGGUCCUCUCCAUCACCGCCCUAUCAGGUGCACCACUCUUUCAGUGCGCGGUGGGUGAUGGCGUGGGCACGGAAGACUGGGGCGUCCUCGGUGGCAUGAUUGAAGUUGUACGGCGAACUGGCCAUUGCAGCUGGUACGUGGAGAAGGGACUGCAGGCCGUAGGGGAACCGGAACGCUAUCGUGUGCAUGGCGGAGCGUUCCCCAUAUUCUUGGAGAAUGCACCUGUGGCACCUGUGGCAGUCGUCGCGGCAUACUCCGGCUCGAGCGAGGAUGACCACCGCAUGGUUGUGAACGCCGUGCGCGAUUAUAUCCGCAAGUUACACGAAGAUGCGGCGCCAACGUUGCCUCCAGCUUCGAUACCGACCAUGUCACAACCCGCUACUUCAAUCCCUCCAUCCUCUCGCGCUCAGAGCAUCGCACCCAGCUCGCGGCCGCAGUCUGUAGCAGGGAAUCGUGACAGCGGCAACAGCAGCGCUGAUUGGCUUGCAAUGCAUGCUGCAGGCGCGCUCCAUCCCGACGAGCUUGAAGGCGAGGGAGGCGUCUCUUACACGGACGGGCGCUCUGUGACUGGUAGCGUCAGCGUCAUGAGCGGUCACGGCCACCGUAGCGUCAUGAGCGGAUCGUCGGACCGUGAUGGACCCAGGAGCCAUAUCAGUGCCGGGGUCGGCAGAAGUACAGUUGGAGGCCAGAGUCGUGCUGGGUAA